CCACUCAGUCUACCGUCUCGGCGUAACCCGUCGCUGUCGUAAGAAUUCCCCACUACUCCCAUCAUCAAGCCCCAACUAACACCAACCCCCUUAGUCGAAGACGGACAUUACUUCUGUUCCCUUCCCACACCACCGCCAUCCCCACAAACCCCCUCCCCCAUGUCCCCAUCCCCAUCCCCAUCCACCAACUCCCUCACCUCGCUAAACCCUACCCCCAAAAAGAGAAAGAAACGGCGUCGCCAACCCCGCGGCUGCCGCGCGGAAUUCGACUACACAGGCUGGGAACACUACAACCAAUGGCGACGGGAAACCUCACUCCUAAAAUCCGAAUCCCGUGCCCAGCACAACCCACACUACAUGCCGCCCUUAAAAGUCGGCAAAGACUGCUACCGCGACUGCGAUUUUCCCUCGGAAUGUCAAACGCUGCACUUACGAUCUGCCGCCACAUCCAGCACGCGGAAGAAAAGCGAACCGGAAUUGAUCUACCCCAUUUCUCCUAUCAGUCCCGAGGAACGUCAACGCAUAGAUGAUGCACGCGAGGAUCAACAGUUGAUUUUCGAUAUAGCGGCUACCACACCCCCAGCUACUCGCGCAUCUAAAGAAACACACAGCUCUUCUAACCUCAUCCCGGUAAUUUCCUCCCCGGAUCUCAGUAUCCUAGUCGAGCGUGAACGACGCAAGAGUCUUGAAGCCGAAAAACGCGGAUUAGAACACGAGGCGCAAUUUAUCGUUAGUCCUUUAACGAGUCAUACCGCUUUCGCGGAUAUGGUCUACGGAAGCAACGGAUCUUCAAGUCCGAAGGGGAAAGAACGGGAAGAUGAAGGACGAGAAGAUUGGGAUGAAACAAACACGGAUUCAUCAGACGAAUUUGAUCCUUCCGAAAUGGAUGACUUGGGAAAAGAAGAAACGGAAGAAGAUGAGAAGGGAUAUGUGCGAGAAUUUAUACGGGUGAAGAAACGGAAGAGUAUAGCGAAGAUUGAGCAGCUCACGGGAUUAAGAUUAUCCGAGGUGCAGUAUGGAAAGAUGGUGGGGGAGGUAGUGGAUGGAGAUUUGGAGGGAUCGGGAAUAGGAGAGCGAGAGGGAAGUAUUAGCCGGAGGCCAAGUGUGGAGAUCGAGAGUCCGCCUAGUAGUCCGUUGAAGAUGUUUUAUACUGUCGAGGAUAGUGAUGAUGAGGAUGAAGUAAAUGAAGUUACCCCGUGGGAUGAACAGAGGAGAUUCUACUCUUGAUUGCCCUUGUAUAUCGUUCAAAGGGUCUAGACGGAUCUGGAGUCGGGUGUUUUCUCGAUAGAGUGUAUUUUGCGAGUUUGCUGGAAUGUACAACAUCAAGCAUUUAGGUCGGCA